CCAUCUUAGGAACUAGCUCUCAACAGCCAACUGGCGCCAACGAUCGGAGCGACUCUCUGUUCCUCUCUGCAACCUUCUCUGUGUGUGGGAAAUGCGAACCAGAAAUCAGUGCAAGCAGGAAAACCACUCGUCCGAUAACAGCGAUGCAGCGAAGGCUCUAAAUGAUGAAAGUGUCACUCUUGCUGAAAUAUCUCGGGAGGCUGUAGGGAAACUUCUAAGACGAGCCAACCCUCGCCGCUCAUCAGGGAUUAGGAAACUAGAUAGCUGCUCCCAACAAUGUGAAUCUACUGGCUUGAUUGGGUCAAAAAGAAGUGAGAUACUAGAUACAGGUGGAAGGGUCACAUGGAAUGCUUUAGAUAGUGAAGGUUGUGGCAGAAGUGCAAUAGGACGAAGCACGUUGGAAAAGGAAGUUGAUGAGAAAAGUUCUCAGGACACAUAUUUAAACAGUGGAGAAGACAUAAAUGAAUCAGAUUGGGAAGAGGGGUCAAUUCCCACUCUGGAUUCUGUUGAUAAUCAUCAAAAUGCUGGGAUUAAGGAGGUGACUGUUGAGCUUAGCGGGUUACUGGAUUCAUCUCAACAGAAGCCUAUUCGUCGAGCUUCUGCUGAAGAUAAGGAAUUGGCUGAGCUUGUUCAUAAGGUUCAUUUGCUUUGUUUACUUGCACGGGGAAGGUUAAUCGAUAGUGCUUGCAAUGAUCCUCUUGUUCAGGCUUCCUUACUUUCGCUUCUACCAGCAGACCUGCUGAAAAUAUCAGAAAUUCCAAGGCUGACUGCAAAUGCUUUCACCCUGCUUGUUCGUUGGUUUCAUGAUAACUUCCGUGUCAGAAGCCCAAGCAGUGUAGAGAGACCGCUUCAUUCAUCAUUGGCCUUUGCUCUUGAGGCUCAUGAAGGCACUCCAGAGGAGGUUGCUGCAUUGUCUGUUGCACUGUUCAGAGCUUUGAAUCUUACCACUCGGUUUGUAUCCAUUCUGGGUGCUCCCUUGAAACCAGGUGCUGACAAAUCUGAAUCAGCUAUUCAAAAUGCAAACAGAGCAAGUGGAGGGAUAUUUGAUAAUUCAACACUGAUGGUGGCAAGAAAAAAUCAGGUUUCCUCCUCUCCUGUUAAAUCAUCCUCAUGCCAUGUCAAGGGCAACGUCUGUGAACCUUCUCAAAACAAUGCAUGCACAAAUAAGGAUCUCAAAUCAACAAGAAAAACUGCCCAGUCCACCGAUUCUCCAAUUUCUGAUCAAUUAAAUGAUGGAAUGUUGGAUUCGUUAGCUUGCAAGGAACAAUUUGCUAUCUCUGAAGACUGCAUUACCGAUAAACCUGAGGGGUCAAAGAGGAAAGGAGAUCUUGUCAAGAUGCAGUUGGAAAUGGCUCUUUCUGCAACAGCAGUUGGGAUCAAUGAGAUUAAUGGAGGUUCAAAUGUGAAAGAAUUAUUUAGUGAAUCAUCAAGUUUCUCUUCCCCUCUAAAAAGGGUGAAAAGAAUCAAAAUUGAAGAAUCUCCAACCCCCUCCCAGGGGAUCUCUACUGCAGUUGGAUCUAGAAAAAUAGGAGCUCCUUUGUAUUGGGCAGAAGUCUUCUGCACUGGAGAGAACUUGACAGGAAAAUGGGUGCAUAUUGAUGCUAUUAAUGCAAUUAUUGAUGGAGAGGAGAAAGUAGAAGCUGCAGCUGCUGCAUGCAAAACAUCUUUGAGAUAUGUAGUUGCCUUUUCUGGAAAUGGGGCUAAAGACGUGACACGCAGGUAUUGUAUGAAGUGGUACAGGAUAGCAUCACAACGAAUUAAUUCAGCUUGGUGGGAUGCGGUGCUGGCACCAUUGAAGGAGUUGGAAGCAGGAGCUGUUGGAGACCAUGUCACCUGUCCUGGAAAGUUAGGUGUUGAAGUGUUGAAAGAGAAUGUUAAAAAAGUUCGUGCAGAAUCUUCAGAUAGGAAUACUUUUGUUGCUACCAGAGACUCUCUUGAGGAUAUGGAAUUGGAAACUAGGGCAUUAACUGAGCCUCUUCCAACUAAUCAGCAGGCCUAUAAAAACCAUCAACUGUAUGCUAUGGAAAGAUGGCUCACCAAGUAUCAGAUACUUCAUCCGAAGGGUCCUGUACUGGGUUUUUGUUCUGGUCAUCCAGUGUACCCUCGGACUUGUGUCCAAACUCUCAAGACAAAACAAAGAUGGCUGCGAGAAGGGCUGCAAGUUAAAGCAGAUGAGCAUCCUACAAAGGUGUUGAAAUGUUCAUCAAAGCUUAGCAAAGUACAAGCUUUGGAAGCUGUUGAUUAUGGUGAUGCUGAUCCUGGAGGAACUAUUGCACUUUAUGGGAGGUGGCAAAUGGAGCCACUAUGUCUGCCUUGUGCUGUAAAUGGGAUCGUGCCAAAGAAUGAGUGGGGUCAAGUGGAUGUAUGGUCAGAAAAGUGUCUUCCCCCAGGGACCGUGCACUUGAGGGUUCCAAGGGUUGUUCCCAUUGCCAAGAAGCUGGAAAUUGAUUUUGCCCCUGCUAUGGUUGGAUUUGAAUUCAGAAAUGGUCGAUCUAUUCCUGUAUUUGAUGGUAUCGUGGUAUGUGCUGAGUUCAAGGAUACAAUUUUAGAGGUAUAUGCAGAUGAAGAAGAGAGAAGACAGGCUGAAGAGAAGAGAGGGAUUGAAGCACAUGCUGUUUCUAGGUGGUAUCAGCUUCUUUCAUCUAUUGUAAUCCGCCAAAGGCUAAACAACUCUUAUGGGAAUGGUUUGCUAUCAGAUACCUCCAAUGGCAUAAAAAAAGUCAAUAAUAGAUCGUCUUGGCAGGUUGAGGGUCGUGGCAAUGACAGACAGUUUCUUGAAUGCCAGCAAGGGUACGUAGAGGAUACUAAAUUAGAUCCUCCAUCCAUGGUAUUCAGAGAAGACCAUGAGCAUGUAUUUAUAGCAGAGGAGGGUUUUGAUGAAGAGAACUUGGUGCGGACAAAGCGAUGUGGUUGUGGAUUUUCAAUCCAAGUGGAGGAGUUGUAGUACCUUUACUAAAUACGGGUUUGCUUAUAAAUCAAAAUGGUGCCCAAGGUUGAGCUGUAGUUGGUAGCAUGAACUUAUGAUAUUAUCUUAGUGCAGCCAUGUUAAAAACAGAAGAAAGCUGAUUUUUUGUUUUUUUGUUUUUUUGUUUUCGCCAUCUUCUCUUAGCUGAGUAUAUAAUCCUUCUUGAGUUCAGUUGGGAGAGCAAGAACGAAAAAAGAAAAUUGAUGUGCUGAUAAUAAUUUCUUUUCAUUUUUUGUUUGUCCUUGAUAUGGUAUAUUAGAGUUUGUAUGCUCUCAGGUGUAUUAGUUGUUUGGAAUGGAGGCAAAAGGGUGGAUUUUGUUAGAUAGAUUAAUGGUUGAAGUGACACAAUCACAGUAUAGAUUGCAUGGGCCCUAACAAAACCAAAUCAGUUGGAUGAAUAUGAUUGUUUUGGUGCCCCGUCUUUUGAGCCUUA